UUUGUGGCAGAGAAACGCGGCGGAAGGGUACGCUGCAGAGUGCGAUAACGAUAUUAGUGUUUGGGAGGGAGUGAGGUGCUUCUUGCCGUGGACUGUGACAAGCUAGUCAUUUAUUAACCAGUCAUAAUAUCUGACAACGGUCACUCCGAGUCCAGCAGGUAACACUGACCAACAAAAGACUUCAGGAUGGCUCCAAACGAAACCGCGGAGCAGAUGACUCAUCUCCGGAGAACGUACGACACUAAGUCUCUUGAGCACGACACUCCCUCUCAUCACCCGGUCGAGGUUGGGCGCUGCCAGCAGGUUCUGGACACCAAGCAGGCAGACCCUCGCCGCCUCGAUCACGACACCAAAGCCAAGCCGCAGGGGCCACCGAAUACAGACGAAACGCUGGCAAAGCUUAGGUCGAAUGGAAUCAAAGCUGCUGCUCUCACUUUGUUUCUGUACUUCUACGGAAAUCAAAGUGUGCUCGGCCAGAUGAAGAAGGACCCCAGAGUUGAUUCCUGGUUCUACUCUUCUCCGACUCCCACCUUACUGAUAUCCCUCGCCUACAUCGCCGGCGUCACCUACAUCGGGCCGCGCAUGAUGCGAGGCCGCGAAACUCCAAAGUGGCUCCGGGGAACGAUGGUGUUUUACAAUAUUGUGCAGGUUGUGUUUUGCAGCUGGAUGUUCUGGGAGGCAGGUAUAGCUGGCUGGUUUGGCUCCUACUCCUUUAUCUGUCAACCCUGCGACUUUAGCAACAGCCCCUCCGCCCUCAAGAUGCUUCGCGCUGCCAUCUCCUACCACGCCUCCAAGUUCCUCGACUUUUUCGAUACUAUUUUCUUCGUCCUGAAUCACAAGUACAGUCACGUCUCCCUGCUCCACGUAGCCCAUCAUGCCCUCAUGCCCGUCGGUCUGUGGUACGGCGUCCGACACGAGCCAGGCGGCCAAACCACCUUCUUCGGCUUCCUGAACGGUUUCAUCCACGUUGUGAUGUACACGUACUACCUGCUGGCGGCCAUGGGUCCUCGCGUGCGGCCCUUCCUAUGGUGGAAGAAGUACCUCACCACCCUCCAGAUGGUGCAGUUCAUUACCAUGUUCGUCCAUUCCUUACAGAGUCUUGUGUUCGGAUGUCCGGCUGGUCUUCCGCUUAUGAAAAUCAUCAUGGUCAUGGCAGCGAUUUUCCAGGUGCUGUUUACAGAUUUCUACAUCAAGGCGUACAAAACCAGAACCAACAAGCAGGCGACAUCCAAGGUCAACUAGUCACUGGCGAUUUGUUCCGCUAUCGGGAAUGAUGGAACAGUGCAGCCAUGGAUCCCGGACGAGGAUCAGGGGACAGGGGCUUAUGUAUGGUUCCUGUCUAGCUCUCGUGAUGAGCGAAGAGUUGGCAAGAUCCCCGCAGCAAAGCAACGAAAUGUGAUGAAUGUUAGCAAUCUGACUUACAUAACUGCACAUUGUAAAAUGCAUGUUUUCAAGUACUAUUUUUGUAUGAAACUAUUUCUGAAAUAUUUUCUUGUCGCUUUGACAGGCGAGUAUCUAGCAAGAAAAUUAUAAAAAAGAAAAAAAAUGGAGGAUUUUAAUACAGGUUACAGUUUAGCAGUGUGGUGAUGAAUCCCUUUCAUCUGACAAAGCUCCACAAUAGAUAAUAUCGUGUAUAGCAUAGGAAUGCAGAUUACAAGCUUAAAUAAUGAAAGAUUGAAAUCACUCGCUUAUACUAAGCUGAAGUACAAAGGACUCCAUAUGUCCCUGAAACACUUCAUUACCAAGAUGCAACGCUGCUCAUUAUAUAUAUAUAUAUAUAUAUAUAUAUAUAUAUAUAUAUAUAUAUAUAUAUAUAUAUAUAUAUAUAUAUAUAUAUAUAUAUAUAUAUAUAUAUAUAUAUAUAUAUAUAUAUAUAUAUAUAUAUAUAUAUAUAUAUAUAUAUAUAUAAACACAAUUCUUGCACAAAGAUUACAUUAAGGGCAUUGUUAAAUGUUUCGAGAUGUAUUAAAAUUUACUAAAAUACAAAAAUAAGUGAUAAUGAUUAAUGAGCACACAAUAAUGUGGUUGACUUAAGUAUGUCUGAAGAUCACAUGAUAAACAAUUCGUAGUGAUAUGAAUACUAUAUAUAUAUAUAUAUAUAUAUAUAUAUAUAUAUAUAUAUAUAUAUAUAUAUAUAUAUAUAUAUAUAUAUAUAUAUAUAUAUAUAUAUAUAUAUAUAUAUAUAUAUAUAUAUAUAUAUAUAUAUAUAUAAUACACACACGUAUAUUUUCAUGUUAUGGGAGUAUACAAUAUUUGUGUUGUCUGUAAUAAUCUACGGAAAUCUACACAUGUAAACAGUAUUACGAGUAUUGUCCGGAAUAGGCCUUAUCAAAGGAAAAGUAUAUAUUUAUGUGCCAAAUGUUUUUUUUUUUUUUUAUGUAAGAAGCGAAAGCUGACCAAACGCAAUAUAAAAAUAAAAUACUAGUAAUAAUUAAUAAAAAAAAUUAAGAAAAAUCAUUUUUUGCCAGUCCCCUUGAAGGUCCGAAAUAUUUAACAAAAACUUUAUGGAUAAAUGUCAUGAAACCUCCCUAAAUCUAUCACGAUGUAGUAUUUGCAAGAAGUCACUGAAAAAAAAGAGCUUCUGUAGCUUGUGUAAUUAUUAAGGGAAGGAGAUAAUUGCAAUGCAAUGUGUGUGUGUGUGUGUGUGUGUGUGUGUGUGUGUGUGUGUGUGUGUGUGCGAUAACUAAUUCAAUAUAAGUUUCUGAUUAUGUGAAUACAACUUUGUGUCUCGCACUUAUGUAGCGUUGUAUUGUUUUGUAUAAAAGAAAAAAAAUCCUUGCUAAUAAAGCAUCCACUCUACA